AUGUCGACCACCGACAAUUCGCCGACGACGACGACGAGUUCCGACUACCAGGAGGAGGAGCAAGAGCACAUGGCGUUCGCGAAGGGCUUCAUGACAAUUGUCUAUCUGACGGUAUGCUUGAUCGGCACACCGGGCAACAUUUGGAUCAUCUACAAGCUGUUCCGAGCCAAAUUGUGGAGCACAAGCUCGGUGCAGUUGACGGUCUCGCAACGCUCGCGCAUCUACAUCUUCGCGCUCGCCUGCUCCGACCUCAUCCUUCUGCUCACACUGCCGGCGACGUCGAGCUACAACUAUUACGGCACGUGGAUAUUCGGCGGCUUCGCCUGCUACAUGAUUCGAUCCAUCGAGAUCUUCGCCAAAUUGUUCUCCGUCGUCCUUUUGACGGUGAUGAGCCUCGAGCGCUAUUUCAUUGUGUGCACCAGACUCCGACUUGUGUAUCGCGCCUGGAUGUCGCUGGUCCCAUUGCUGAUCGGCUUCACGUUCGGCGUCGCGAUUCCCACCGUCUUCCACCUCCUCUACCUUCAACACUUUCAGCUCUCGCCGGCGUUGCUUCAACUCUACGGCAUCACCGAUGAAGAGUCCACAUGGCUCUGCUUGCCAAUGAUGGGCGACGGUGUGUUCAACAUGUUCGCCCAGUACACGUUCUUCGUCGGCUUCGUCAUCCCGUUCAUGAUCAUGACAGCGUGCUACAUUCUGCUCGUCAGUCACGUCAAGAAGAAGUACAAGAUUCGGCGGAGAGCGCAAGCGACGACGACGCUGACGACGCACGGCAAAGAGCCGCGAUACAUGAGCGAGGUGCGCAAGAGCAUUUGGCGAAUCGCCGUCUUCCAUUUCGUGUGUUGGGCGCCGUUUUGGGGCUCCACCAUGCUGCCGCACUACAUCUCGUUUUGGGACGAGCCGGAGCCCAAUGAGACGGACCACGACGAGCGCGAAUCGUUGCUGUUCGUCUAUUGCCGAUUGUUCGCCAAUUGUCUGCCCUACAUCAAUGCGGCCGGCAAUUGGGUACUGUACGCAUUGCUGAAUGUCGACGUCCGCAAACACAUCUACAAUCAGCCGGCGGCGGCGGCGAAGAAUAAGAAGAAGAAGAGAUUGCGAUUCCAGCCGAUGACCUCAUCGCUUUAA